AAGCUAAGAAAAUGAUUUUAUAAGAAACUGAUGUAAAGAACAAGUGUAUAAAUUGUAAAAAUAACAAUAGGACACUUUAAAUAAAGUAAAGCCAAGCCACACUCAGUAUCAUGGUUCAUAAUUGCAAACUGCCUUAAAGUGUUUGAGACUUGCUAUGUUUUUGUGGUUAACGUUAAAUUGCAAUUCUUUUACUUCUCACAAGUGUCAACGUAAUUUAUAAAAAGCACUCUACACAGACAAGAUGACUAGUACGGAAGAUAGUACACCUAAGAUUGAAUUCAAGAAAAAAUCGAAGAAACCACUAAGAAAACGUCAAAUUUCAUCGGAUGAAGAUGACGAGAAUGAAGAAAUUUCUGUAAGAGAAAAAGUUGAGGAAAUGAAGACCAUACAGAAGCUCAGAGAGCGUCCUAAAGGUAUAAACAUUGUCGGAUUGGCUUUUGGAGAAAGCGAAACUUCUGAUGCAAUGACGUCGGAUCCUUUCAAUGUAAAAACUGGAGGAAUGGUAAAUAUGGCUGCAUUGAAAAAUGCAAAAUUGAAACAAAAUGAUGCUUAUGAAACAGGAAUUGGUACACAAUUUAAUGCAGAGACUAAUAAACGAGACGAAGAUGAAGAAAUGGUAAAGUAUAUAGAAGAAGAGCUAUCCAAGAGAAAGAGCAAAAAUGAUGAAAAAACCGAGAGCGGAUCAAACAAUGAAAAGGGAUCGUAUUGUUCGCCAGAAGAAGCAGCGUUACAAGCUGUACCUGAACAUUUAAGGCAAAGUUCCGCGCAUAGAAGCGAAGAAAUGCUUUCAAAUCAAAUGUUAUCUGGCAUUCCAGAAGUAGAUCUUGGGAUAGAAGCAAAGAUUCGCAAUAUCGAAGCUACAGAAGAAGCUAAGUUGAAGUUACUUUGGGACAGGCAUAGGAAGAAAGAUGGUCCUUCCCAAUUUGUGCCGACCAAUAUGGCUGUGAAUUUUGUGCAACAUAAUAGAUUUAACAUAGAAGAUGCAGACUUCCAAAAAUCGAAGCAAGAUUCCGACGACAAAAAGAAAAUGCCGGCGCCCAAAGACGAUUUUAAAGGGAAAAGAAAAGACAAUGGAGAAAAAGCAACCGAUGAUUAUCAUUACGAAAGAUUUAAAAAACAGUUUAGACGAUUUUAGAAUUAAUUGUAAAAUAGGUACUCGGUAAUUAUAAGCUUCUUUUCGAUAUACAUUAUAUACGAAAUGUUGAAUAAAUAAAUUUAAUUUUA